AUGGACUCCGUCAGGCACAGGCACGGCACCAACCAUGCGAGCAAGUCGAGUGAGGUGGACCGGACCUCGGUGGCGGCGAGGCCGCGUACUGUCCUUGGCGAACUGUCAACCAACGAGCAGUUCCAUCACUCACAGAGUCAGGGAAGCCAUAUUUCCAAGUCAAGUAAGCCUACGGACUGGGGGCAGGCUUUCAGGGGGUCCAGCAGAGGGCAUAACACGCAUGCUGAAGAGACUGAGACAGAGUUUCCCCUCGACGCCGACACUGUGGCCUUGAACCUUGACCUGGACAAGGAUGACUGUUCAACGGAUGACGAUUCAGUGGAAUCUGAACCUGACGAAUUGCCACUGGACCAGGAGGUGCUGCGCGCCUCACAAUUCGUCAACGACAUCCACCGCUACUUGAGGCUCAACGAGGCAGCGUCACCCGUGGCGCGGGGCUACCUUCUGCAGCACCCGCAGAUCACCGCGGACGCGCGGCUCAUCCUGGUGGACUGGAUGGUGGAGGUGUGCCAGGUGUACAAUAUGGCCUCAGAGACACUGCAUCUGGCCGUCGGCUACGUGGACCGCUUCCUGUCACGCAUCGCCGGACUGCGGCGUAGCAAGCUGCAGCUAGUCGGCAUUGCAGCACUCUUUGUGGCCACGAAGUAUGAGGAUGUGUGUCCGUGCGAGGCACAGGACUUGGUGUUCAUCACAGCUAACACGUACACAAUUGGACAGCUUCUCCAGAUGGAAAGUCUGAUAUUGGAGAAGUUAUGCUACAGCGUGGGCACUCCCACAGCCUACCACUUCCUGCGCCUCCUUACAUCCGUUCAUGUUGUGUGCACCCUCACCGAGAACCUCGGUCUGUAUCUGACAGAGUUGAGCCUACUGUACAUGGAUCCUUUCCUGGAGUACAACGCAUCAGUGGUAGCAUCCGCCGCCCUAUGUCUUGCCAACCUCACUAUCAACAGAUCCCUCUGGCCGGACACGUUGCGCGACUUUACUGGCUACACAACGGACGACAUCAUGCCAUGCGUACGCGCGCUGCAUAGGCUGCACGUCUGCUUUGAAACACUACCUGUGCAGGUUAUCGCGAUCAAAUACAACAAAGCCAAGUUCUGCCGCGUGUCUUCCAUUGCACCGCUUGCUGAGCUGCCACACCUCUAG